AUGCACGACUGGGCGCCGGCGAUCAUAGCGACGGCGCUGUUCGCCCUGCUGUGCCCGGGAGGGAUCCUGCAGCUGCCCGGCCGGCAGCGGACGGUCGACUUCAUGAACCUCAGGACCAGCUGCCUGUCCAUCCUCGUCCACGCCGUCAUCUACCCCGUGCUGCUCAUGCUCUUCGUCGUCAUCUUGCAGGCUCAUCUCUACGUCUGA